AUGCGCCAAGUAAAGACCCACGAGGGUGUGAAGUUUGCCUGAAAUUUGUGCAAUAAAUUGUUUAUGCGAAAAGACACUCUCGCUUAUCAUAUGGAAGGAGUACAUCGCCAAGGUAGAACUGUGUCGUGCAUUAAUAAGGACAUCCAAGGUAUGUAUUCAAUUUUUUAAAGGACUGCGAAAAGAAUAAAAAUAAAUUAAUCAUAUUUUUAGUUGACAUUAGCAAAAAUUUCAAAUUGAACCAGACAUAAAUGGAGAUGUUAUCCCAACACCGUCCUCUACCAAAAGUAUUUAUUUAAUACGAUUAAUAUUUAUGAAUACCUUAUUAUGAUUUUUUUUUUUUUUGCAGUCGAUAGUUAUGGUAAUGACCUAAUAGAGAUUGCACCGGGAAUAAAUUUAGAUAAUAUUCAAGCCGGCCCGUCUACUAAAAGUAAUUUACACACACGUGUAUUAUCAUUAGGUAUAUAGAUAAUUUAUUUAAUUCAAUUUUUUAUAGAUAUUUCUCCUACACAGUCAGUGCCCACUGCCAACAGGCAAAUUGAAGACGUGUGGGGAGAUUUUAGUCAAUUAUAAGUCGAUGAUUUAUUAGAAAAAGAAAAGGAACAUUUUAAUAAUGAGAAUACUGCUAAGCCGAAACCUAAUAAAAGCAUUCGUAUGACAGCAAUAACGAAAACAGGAUUCAAUUCACCGCUGUCGGCAUUCAAUGGUACGUCUCAAUUUCAUUUCAAAAAAAAUAUUGAAAAUGUGCGCGAGUAUAAAGAAUUUUUAGACUUGUUUAAGCCCGAAAUGUAUGAGAUUCUUUCAAAUGCUGUGCAAAAAUGUCCGUUGAAGUACAAUUUGAAAAUAGAAGCGACAUAAAAAAUACCGAAUACAGAAAUAACUCAGGAUAGGUCAUUUAAAAUUGAAACACGAAAUUUGUUUUUAGCUGAUGAUAUGAACUCAUUACUAGAACUAGAUUUGGUAAAAAUAUUAGGAGAAAUUGAAGAAAUGUCAAAAGGUAUCGGCUAUUGGUUGAACCGUAUAGAUGGAAUAUUAAUGAAUAUAAAUAAUUAUACACCCUUAAAGGGAUCAUCAUUCAUUCCGCUUCCGACAUACGUCGAAAAUAAAAAAGCUACUAUAAAUGUAAAAAACGAUGACGAAAAAUGCUUCAAAUAUAGCUUGCUUGCCAAAUACGUAAACCGAACAAAUGACACAAAAGUCGAACAAAAUUAUGCUUGUGUAAAAGAUAGGUAUAAUUUUUCUAUGAUGGCAUACCCUGUUUCUUUUGAAGACGUACACAAGUUUGAAAAAGAAAAUCCGGGAGUUUCAAUAAACGUGUAUAGUUUGAAUCAAGGAAAGUCCGCAUACAAAUAUAAUAUUCAAGAAAAAAAUAAAACAAAUAAGAAAUUUUAAAUAAAUCAAAAUCAAUAUUUAGUAAAUCCAUUAAAAGUUUGCGACGAAGGAAAAUACGACCACCACGAUCUUUUACUUUCUGGUGACAGAAAGAGCAAGACGUACUAUUGUAGGAUUACGAAUUUAGGCAAAUUUGUAGGAGCCCGAAUGAGUCGUCAUGGACAUAGUGUUGUAUUGUGCAAACGUUGCUUCAAGUGUUAUUCAAAAAGCAAAAGUCCAUUUACCGCAGAGCAUCGGCUUAGGGAACAUACAAUUUAUUGCAAUAAGAAUAAACCGUUAGCACCAAUUUUACCGGCACCAAAGACAUUUGUGAAAUUUGAAAAUUGGGGGGCCACUAAUAAACAUACAUUUGUUAUUUACGUGGAUUUUGAGUAUUUAUUGGAAAAAGAACUAGACGCACAGCAAAAUAAUAAUACAAAAAUAAUCCACCACCAUGAAGUAAUGAACUUUUGUUAUUAUAUAAAAACGUCAGAUGACGUCUCGAGCGAAUUAUUGGAGCAACAUAACAUAGAGAAUGGUCCGGUUGUAUUUAGGGGAAAUUCGAGUAUGGACAAAGGUGAAAUAGUUGCAAAUUUAUGGACGAAAUUGUUAAAGUCGCCCAAAUAA